CCAAACCAAGAUGGCGCUUAGAACAUACGGACAAAAACCAAAAUCUUUUCAACUUGAAGAUGGAGCAGAGUACUACAUGAUCGGCUCAGAAGUAGGAAAUUUCCUGCGUAUGUUUCGUGGCUCUCUAUAUAAGAAAUAUCCRUCCUUAUGGCGACGGCUAGCAACUCUUGACGAGCGAAAAAAGAUCGUUUCUUUAGGAUUCGGACACAAUAAUUUGGCUACAAAUGUAACUUUAUUGAGAGCCCAUGAGGUUGAAGAGAUUCUAGAAGGCAACGAUGAUAAGUAUAAAAUAUCUGCUGAGGUUCAAGAGUCUGCCAGACAAGCUGCUACAGGAAAAUCAAAGCGAGGAACAACAUGGCAGCCACAGACUUUGUUUCCUAGUACUUCAUUUCAUCUUGAUGCGGUUCCUUGUUCGACUGCCGUCAAUCGUAACCGACUUGGUCCAAAACGAGUCAGAACUUUUCCUACAUGCUAUGAUGAUCAUGACAUGGAGGCAGUGCACAAAGCGGCAUCACUAACUGAAGUACUAGUCCCCAUUAGACUUGACAUUGAUAUUGAAGGACAGAAACUAAGAGAUACAUUUACAUGGAAUAAAAAUGAAACUCUCAUCACACCAGAGACCUUUGCUGAAGUCUUGUGUGACGACCUAGAUCUUCCCCCGGCAUCGUUUGUUACAGCCAUUGCCCAGGCCAUUAGACAGCAAUCAAAGCAGUUUGAUGUAGAGCCUGAGAUUGUAUUGAAUGAACAGAAAGAUCAACGAAUCAUCAUCAAGCUUAACAUCCAUGUUGGCAACAUUUCUCUUGUGGACCAGUUUGAAUGGGAUAUCUCAGACCCACAAAACAAUCCUGAACAGUUUGCUCUUGGACUGUGCUCUGACUUAGGACUUGGUGGCGAGUUUGUAACUGCUGUUGCAUAUAGUAUUAGAGGGCAGUUAAGCUGGCAUCAGAAAACUUAUGCAUUUAGUGAAGCACCAUUGCCUAAGGUUGACAACGCAGURAGAUCCGGUACUGAUGUGGACAACUGGGGACCUUACCUAGAGACACUUACAGAUGCUGAGAUGGAGAAGAAGUUAAGAGAUCAGGACAGAAACACAAGACGUAUGAGACGCUUGGCUAACACUGCUCCUGUUUAUUAACUCAACAACAAGAACUGUAAAUAUAUAUAAUAGUUGUUUAACAGAUGUAUUAGUGUAAAUCUUUAGAAUAUAUAUUUGUUUCUCUUU